AUGCUCCUCCUCGGUCUCACAGGCAGUAUUGCCACGGGCAAGUCAACAGUUUCCAGAAUCUUGUCAGCGCAUCCAUACUCGCUUCCGAUCGUCGACGCGGAUUUGAUAGCACGUCAGGUCGUCGAACCAGGAACAGCCGGUUAUAGCCAAAUCGUCUCUCAUUUCGGACCAUCGACGCCUGACCUGCUGGUUCCAGCCGAUGCCUCUUCAGGUGGUAAAAAUGGGCCAAGCGGCAAAGGCAGACCGCUCAACCGGCCAGCGUUGGGUCGUCGGGUGUUCGGUGAGGGGAAAGAGUCGGAUAGGAAGGUCCUGAACAGUAUCGUUCACCCGGCUGUCCGUCGCGAGAUAUACAAGCAGAUGCUCUCGGCAUACUUGAAGGGUCACUGGGCUUGUGUCUUGGACAUACCCUUGCUCUACGAAAGUGGUUGGGAGCCGCUCUGCGGAACCAUCAUGGUGGUUGCUGUCAAGGAUGCUGAGAUACAGAUGCAGAGACUACUAGCCCGAGAUGCACACUUGACCGAAGAGGAUGCUCGCAACAGAGUCGCAAGUCAAUGGGACGUCAGAGACAAGGCCGCGAGGUGUUUGAGCAGAGGGGAGAAGAGCGGAGUUGUUGUCUGGAACGACGGCGACCAAGAACAAUUGAAACGUGAGAUUGAUAGAGUCAUGGAAGUGGUCAGGGCAGGCUCGCCGUCUUGGUGGUCAUGGUUGCUUCUACUCUGUCCACCACUGGCUGUUGCUUCGGGAACGUUGACCUAUCUCAAUGGCGUGCGUAUGAAGAAGAGCUGGGAGAACGAGAAAGUGAGAGAGAAGGCCAAGCUGUGA